AUGUCUGAGGUUUCAGAGCCGAAGAUCACAAUAGCAUCGGAUGCUGCUGGAGAGAAUUUAAGUACAGACAAUGACAAAGAUUUCGACUGGUUCUCUCUUCCCGGCGAAAUUCGCGACCAGAUAUAUGAAACCCUCCUCCCCUUCGAGGUCAACUUUGUGUAUAAUUCGCCAUGGGUUUUCCCUGACUAUAAUCAUAGUUACAAGGCUAUGAAAAUGUUCCCUGGUGGAAUAAGCUUCGAGUUCUCCCCUUUCCCAGAACCAGCAAUACAGUAUUAUUCCCAAGUAUCCAGCCGCUUUGGGGCUGAACUUUCUGACAGUCUCGACCGUCAACGUCAUCGUGUUCUCAAGGCCUUGGAAGAUUGUACUUCCGGCACUGCAGCCUGGGACACCGACUUCGAUGGAACGAAAAUAACUCCAAAGCUGUUGGAAUUAAUUUCCAGAAGUAGAUUCAUAUUCGCCAGCUUCGGACAUACCACCAAAAACAUCAUCGAAAAACUAGACAAACGCAUUAAAAAUAAUAUUCAUGACAUAUUCAUCACUCAGUCGAUGAUAUCUUCCAUAAUGCCAGGAAACCUCCAUAAAUGGUCACUUCCACCAUUUUCAGAAUAUGGUAAACUCUUUCAAGAUAACUUUCCAAAUUUGGAAAAGGUGGCCGUGGAGGUUCGUCAGGCGCGGAGGGAUCUGGGUUGUUUGGCCCAGGUGAUGGAUUGGUAUGAUACUGGAAAGAUUAAACAGCUGGAGCUAGUUUAUCAGCGUAAGAGGAGGGACGCAGCAGGGGAGGCAUGGGGGUGGCUAUACAAUGGUUACCAGUUCAAAGACGAAGCUACUGUCGAGGAUUGUUACGAACUCUUGUGGGAGUUUACAUUUGAAGAUAGACCACCAGCUUGGAAAUGGAAAGUUCAAACGGUCGACGAGGAUGAAGUUAACGAAAGAGGGAGGUUUUUCACAAAUUGUGAAUACCCUUAUGCGGGGAGAGAAAUAACAAUGGUAGAGGGGACGGUUUUUAGGCUCAUUCGGGAACCCAUUGGAACCUUUGAGGGGGCGAGCGAAGAGGAGAACCUGCAGUUUAUAAGAGCUUGUCAUGAACAGCAGUCUACACUUGUACGUCGCUCUUUGAGCUGA